CAUGGCCAUCCCUUACGAGGCCCCACCCGGCCCUGUGACCCACAGCGGCUCUCCCCACUCCCUCCGUCCUGCUGCCCUCCCGGAGCGCCAGUUUGACUACCGGCCAUUCACUGCCACCGGCGGGUGGGGGCGGGCAGGCUCUCCGCGGCUGCCGGUGGAAGGCUCCAUGUCUCAGGCGUUCUUCCCGGACCGAGGACCCUCCCCGCGCCCACCUCUCCCUCCCCCCUACGAGAACCACAGCCUGUAUCCUUCGGCGCCAGGCUCCUUCUGGGCUCAAGACGACCUGGUGAUCCGCAGGAGAGUGCCGAAAGGCUGGAACGAAUCGGAUCUGGACGUGGCGUACGAGAAGAAGGCUCCUCACCCUGUUGGCUACGAGCGAACAGAUGCUCACGCGAGCCUUCGCCAGAAUGCGGCCGGGCUGCCCCUGGUCCCUUGGAAGGAGUCGAGCUUGGAUGGGGGCUGGCCGGGCAAGGAGGAGCACUAUGCCAUGCACAGCGCCACCUUGCCUAGGAAUUACAAGGUCUCGACCCUGGCCGGCGAGAGGCGCCAGGACGGCUCCUUCCGACGGUCCAUCCCUGCCAACCCGACGGGCACCCUGCCCCGGAACUGGCAGCCCGUCUCCCGCAUCCCCAUCCCCCCGCCCAACCCUCAGGCCGGCAGCCUCCCCAGACGCCACAAGCCGCUGCCCCUCUCCAUGAUCUUCCGGCUGCAGAACGCCUUCUGGGAGUCCGGCGUGGCAGGCGGCAAACUCGGGCUGCCUCAGGGGCCGGUUGGGUCGCCGCUGCUCCGUUCCUUGCAGAAGCAGCUGCUGCAGCAGCCGUUUCCUCAAGCGCAGCCCCACCUGCGAACGAUGCCGCCUGGGAGCGAAGGAAACGGCACCUCCAGAGCCGCAGCGAUGCCAGCUGAACGCGUGAUCCCCACUGUGCUGACGGGGGGUGAAGCGGAGCCUGAACUGGAGGGUCUUCUGCCGGGCAGCGAGCCGGCAGAGAUGGAGGACUUGGCUCGGCCUCUCAGCCCCACCCGGCUGCAGCCUGUCCUCCCGCCUGAGGCCCAGAAGGUGCCCGAGUUUGAGGAAGUGGCCCGGGUGCUGGCAGAGAUGCCUCGGCCCCUGAAGCGGCGGGGAUCCAUGGAGCAGAACCCCAGUCCGGCUCUGCUGCCCCCCCACAAGAAGCAGUACCAGCAGAUUAUCAGCCGCCUGUUCCACCACCAGCCCCGCAAGGAGGAGGCUGCUCCGGUGGGGGACCCCCCGCCCCAGCCUGACCCCUCGCCCACCAGUGAGGCCACAGAGCAGAAGGUGGCCCCUGCCACCCCAACCACCAGCCCUGCGCUGACUCCUCCGCCUGCUCCAGAGAGCCCAGCCACUCUCACCCCCUUGCCAAGCCCGGAGAAGCGCUCCGUCCUGCGCAAGGCCUCUUCCCCGCGGAAGCGGCUGACCAAGAAGGCGCGGCUCAAUCCCUUGGUGCUGCUGCUGGAUGCGGCCCUGACGGGGGAGCUGGACGUGGUGAAGGAGGCGGUGAAGGAGCUGAAUGACCCGAGCCAGCCGAAUGACGAGGGGAUCACCGCCCUGCACAACGCCAUCUGCGGCGCCAACUACAGCAUUGUGGACUUCCUGAUCAACAUUGGGGCCAAUGUCAAUUCUCCAGACAGCCACGGCUGGACGCCACUGCACUGUGCGGCUUCUUGCAAUGACACCGCCAUCUGUGUCGCUCUGGUGAAGCACGGUGCCGCCAUCUUCGCCACCACUUUCAGCGACGGGAGCCUGGCCAUCGAGAAGUGCGACCCGUAUCGAGAGGGCUACAACGAGUGCUUCAGCUACCUUGCAGAGGUGGAGCAGAACAUGGGGCUGAUGAACAACGGAGUGGUGUAUGCCCUGUGGGACUACAGUGCUGAGUUCAGCGAUGAGCUCUCUUUCCGCGAGGGCGAGCCGGUCACUGUGCUACGCCGGGAUGGCCAGGAGGAGUUGGACUGGUGGUGGGCCUCUCUCUACGGCCAGGAGGGCUACGUGCCCAAGAAUUAUUUUGGGCUCUUCCCCAGAGUGAGGCCGCAGCAAAGGAAGACGUAGAGAUCCACCGGUGGCUGGAGUUGCCACUGCAGCCUGUCGGAAAGGGAAAGCGAGAGCCUACCGGUGGGAAAGGGCAGCGUGUGGGACUUGGAUCUGCAAACAUGGAGGGGGCGAGGCACAGGGAGAGGGCUCUUUCCCUCCUUCGGGCUGGCAACCCUCAGCUUUCAGAAGAGCAUAAACGAAGGAGAGGGGUGGCAUUCAACGUUGCCUGUGUCACUCCCCGCCUUGCCUUGCUGUUUUCUUGCUUCUGUAUGAAUCCCACCCCCAGCCUCAAGGAUAGUCUUGGUGUUGGUGUACUAGCCUCUUCCAGCACAGCUAACGUGGUGAUGCGGCCCCUUCCCCAUACAAAAGUUGAACUGGGAAUUGGCGCUGUGCCUCUGGGGCUCGGCAAGCGGUCAGUUCUCCCCUGCUCCAGUUCUGCCGCCUUUCCUCUGGAGCUGCAGGCACGAUUUGCCUUUGGUGGGAACUCCUGCCUGCUGGGCGUCAUCCUUGGGGUGACAGCUGUGCUGCCCCCUCACUCUGCUCCCCAUGGCUGGUUGGGCUUUAAACAUCUUUUUUUUCUGUCACCAACACGGUGAAGGAAGAACAAAGAUGGGGCACCAAAGGGCUCCUUCUGCAUCCUCUCACUGGGCAGCUGGAGAAAGGGUGGGCUGCUCUGGUGGGAGGACAGUGCAGAAGGAUGGCUAUCUGGUGGCCGCGUGCCAUAGCCACCCAGGAGCUGGACUGCUAGGUCGUGGGCUGUGUAGACUUGAUGGGGCAGAGCGCUUUCAGAAAUUCUCCCUGCGUCCCUGACACAUAGGCUUAACGAGCACGCCACCAUUAUCUAGAUGUGAAACUUUCCAUUGUUGACUCCGUUCCCAGCUGAAGAUUUACGAUGGGAGAAGGGAGCGUCCUUUGGCUGCCUGAUCUGAGUAAAUCAAAGCGUCCCCCUCCUGCCUCCUGCCAGGGUAGCCCCGAGCCCCUCUGCCCUGGGGAGAGCCGCCCCAGAGGCCCCCCAGAUGGGCAGCUGCGGGGCCUUCUGCCCACAGGCUUAUGUUCCAGCUGGAGCAGAGUGCUGUGCGUUGCGCUGGCGCUCGUUGCAUCUAUGUUGCUGCUGGAACAAGAUCAGGGAGGGAUGGAGAACGUUGCCCCCUGCCCAGUGCCUUCUUUUCGCCCACCGGGGCAGAAGCUGAGCUUGCGUGCCAAAGCUUGACCUGUCUGCCUGCACCCCGUGAGAGUGUCUCCCACACCUGGCCGAGGAGCCCCUUCCUUUCACGCUGUGCCUUAAGCGGGGCCGGGAUGCCAAGACGCGUUCCGAUGCUGCUGGGGUCCUUUGGUUGGAGCUGGGAAGGGCGAUUUUUGUGCCUUUAAAUGGGUGGGGCCUUUCAGGGCUAGCUUUGUGCAGGUUGGACGCCCGCGGUCUGUAGGUCCCGCACAAACAUCUGGAGGCCGCUUCAAUUCGGGCUUUGCCAGACUCAACUCCAGGGAGGGAAGAGGGGAUGCUGGGGAUCCAGGUGAGCCCUUCCUGGGACCGGGUGGUAGUAUGGCUGGAAAAUGUAGCAUUCAGUAAUAAAAUGGUCUAACUGGA